AUGGCUCCGCGACAGGACACCUCAUUCCGCUCGGCGGACAUGAGCUUGGUGCAGCUUUACGUCUCCAACGAAAUCGAUCGGGAAGUUGUUGCUGCCCUAGGCGAGCUUGGAUUGUACCAGUUCCUCGACCUCAAUGAGCAUGUCAGCUCCUUUCAGCGAACUUUCACCCAGGAGAUCCGACGCCUUCACAAUGUCGAGCGACAGCCGCGAUACUUCCAUGCGCCAAUGGGAAAGGCUAGAAUCAAACUUCGAAAACUUGAUCUUGAUGCUGAGAGGCUUGCGUCGCCUUCUACCUUGCAAAUUGUUGAAGUCGCCGAGCGAAGCCAGAAGCUUGAGCAGCGCGUCUCCGCACUGAACGACAGUGACGAGACCCUCAGGAAGCGUGAGCGCGACCUCAUUGAAUGGCGCUGGGUGCUGAGAGAGGCUGGCAGCUUCUUUGAUCGCUCUUCCGGCAACCUGGAGGAGAUUUGAGCCUCUACACACAACGAUGACGCGCCGUUGCUCUCUGACGUUGAGCAGUAUAACGCUGCGCCUGAUAUCGAGAGUGCAUUUUCCGGCAUGAGAAUUGACUUCGUCGCUGGCGUCAUCUCCAGGGAUCGUGUUGCUACCUUUGAGCGUAUCCUCUGGCGAACUCUUCGUGGCAACCUGUACAUGACACAGUCAGAGAUUCCGGAGCCGUUGAGU